UGCUGCAAAGGCCAUAAUGCUCCGCGGUGGAUGCGGCGGGGCUUCGAUUAGCAGUAGCCGAGCGCUGCCCGGUGCCUGAGCAAGCCCAGGGCUCCGGCUCCCGCAGCCCUCGGAGGGUUUCCUCUUCAUGGGGCUGGCACGGUGGCGGUGGCUUGGGAUGCGGCGGUUCCUGUUCCUGGGGCUGGUAGCCCUCGCUUUCCUCGAGAGUGGCACCGCUGCCAGCGGGGGCUGGGAGCUGAGUGGACACCUGGCCCUAGAAGAGGAGGAGCAGUGUACUGUGGAUCGAAGAGCAAACCUGACUUAUUCGGAGUUCAUUCACCAAUACGCCUUUUCUAAACCUGUCAUUCUACAAAGACUCACCAACAACUCACUGUUCCAGGAUCUGUGCUCCAAAGAGAAGCUACUGGCAGAAUUUGGGGACUUCAAGAUCCGGCUGAGUACAGCUAACACGUUUUCUUAUCAGAAAGUAGACCUCUCUUUCCAAGACUAUGUUGAACAGCUGCUACAGCCUCAAGACCCAAACUCCCUAGGGAACGACACACUCUACUUCUUUGGGGACAAUAACUUCACUGAGUGGGGUGGACUAUUCCAACACUACUCCCCUCCUCCCUUUCGUCUCUUGGGCACUACUGCAGCCUACAGCUUUGGAAUUGCAGGUGCUGGCUCCGGAGUACCCUUCCACUGGCAUGGGCCAGGCUACUCUGAGGUGAUCUUUGGACGAAAGCGCUGGUUCCUGUAUCCUCCAGAGAAGACGCCUGAUUUUCAUCCCAACAAAACAACCUUGGCCUGGCUACGGAACACAUACCCAGCACUCCCAAUCACUGAACGGCCCCUACAGUGUACUGUCCAGGCUGGUGAGGUGCUGUACUUCCCUGACCGUUGGUGGCAUGCCACCCUGAACCUGGACACCAGUGUCUUCAUCUCCACAUUUCUGGGCUAGAGGCAACAGCCUCCUCCAGGCUGAGGCCGCCCUGUUGCCCCACUCUGACUCCAAGUGCUGUUAAUUUAUUGCCACAAUUUCCCUACAAUGAAGUAAUGCUGCUGGCU